ACAAGUGUGUCUAUUCUGUUCUCUCUUUCCAACUUUCACCUUUCUCUUUGUCAAGUUCUUCAGUCGUGUUUGGUUUUCACUUCGGCACAACUAUGACAAUCAGAACAGCCCGCCCAGACCGGGCAGAACAUUUUCGCCCGCGUAUGCUUUGCCUCAAAAAGUUGGAGGCAGUUGUGGUUGAAAUGCAGGACCCAAAAUGUGGGCUCAAGGGCUCCGAGCAGAAACUCAACGUCACCACCAUUCCCCACGCCAUCGCAGGCAAUGACAUAAUUUCCUGGAUUGCCAACAAGAUGAAAAUCCCUACAGAAGAAGCUCUGGUCUUCGGCACCAUGUUGGUGGCCUACGGUUACGUCUAUGGUCUGCAGAACCACAGGAAGCUGGUCAUGUGCAACGACGGCAGCCUUUAUCGCUUCCAGACGCCAUACUUCUGGCCCACACAGAAGUGGGUUGCAGAUGACACCGACUACGCUGUUUAUCUGGCCAAGAGAAACAUCCGCAAACAAGGCUUGCUGGAGCCCUAUGAACAGGAACACUACAACCACCUUCACAAAUGGCUGAACCCCAAGUGGGACUUUAUUGUGACGCAGGCCACGGAGCAGUACAAGGCCGGUAGAGAGAGGAAGAAGCCAGAUCGUGUGGUGUUUGAUUGCCAGGAAAGAGCUUACUGGAUAGUGAACAGACCACCGCGUCGGACUCACAGUGCUUUGGAUAGUGGACCAGACCGCCUCAUGGAUCCCAAUGCAGAUGAGACACAGAAAAUGACAUUUGACCAAUACAGACGUAUGAACUUGUUCUACCAACAAGCCAUCAUGAGGUCAAAGGUGAAAUCCAGUGUGUCCCUUGGAGCGCUGGUGAAGUGCAUCACCACUUACAAGAACCAUGAUCCCUUUUUGGCACCUUGCCUACCCAGCAACCCCUGGCUGACAGACAACGACUCUUACUGGACUCUCAAUAUGAGAAUGGUGGACGUGCCGACUAAAAUGCGUGUGGAGCGUUGGUCCUUCAGCUUGUUUGAGCUGCUGACUGACCUUCGAGGCAGAGACGACUUCAAGAUCUUCCUCAAGAAGGAGUUCAGUGGGGAGAAUUUAGCCUUUUGGGAAGCAGCUGAGGAGCUGAAGUGGGGGACUGCGUCGUCUAUGUCCAGCAAAGCUGAAACCAUCUUCAAGACCUUCUUGGCCCCCGGCGCCCCUCGUUGGAUCAACAUUGACGGCAGGACCAUGGGUCUGACCGUGAAAGGACUGGAACAUCCUCAUCGUUAUGUUCUGGAAGCUGCUCAGACGCACGUCUUCCUGCUCAUGAAGAAGGAUACUUUCUUCCGUUAUCUCAAGUCUCCUGUUUAUAAAGACAUCCAGAAGAAGGCCAUCAACCCAGAAGUUCAUAAUUUCAGUCCAUCCCAGCUGGAGCAAAACGCUAGCAGUCGAAGUGCUGGCGUUCAUCCUCUGGUGCUUUGGCAGCAGGAAGAGGAGCAAAAGGCCAAAGCUGCUGCAGCUUCUGCUCCUGUUGACGUCAAAGCUAUGAUGAGCAAAAUAGACAGAAAGAAAUAAUACGACAUUAUUCAAUAUGUUACAAAAUGAUUUACACUAACAAAUACAAUCCAGUAUACAGUAUAUAAACUAACAAAUACAAUCCAGUAUACAGUAUUUACACUAACCAAUACAAGCUAGUAUACAGUAUAUAAAGUAACAACUUCAAGAUAGUAUACAGUAUAUAAAGUAACAAAUUCAAGGUAGUAUACAGUAUAUAAAGUAACAAAUUCAAGGUAGUAUACAGUAUAUACAGUAACAAAUUCAAGGUAGUAUACAGUAUAUACAGUAACAAAUUCAAAGUAGUAUACAGUAUAUACAGUAACAAAUACAAGGUAGUAUACAGUAUAUACAUUAACAGAUACAAGCUAGUAUACAGUAUAUACAUUAACAAAUACAAGAUAGUAUACAGUAUAUACAUGAACAAAUACAAGGUAGUAUACAGUAUAUACAUGAACAAAUACAAGCUACUAUACAGUAUAGACCAGGGGUCGGCAACCUUUACCACUCAAAGAGCCAUUUUGGCAAGUUUCACAAAUUAAAGAAAAUAAUGGGAGCCACAAAAAAUUUUUAAAAUGAAAAACACCGCAUACAAAGCUUAAAUUGCUUUGUGCUAUGUUAACCAGGGGUCUCAGACACACGCACCGGCACGCACCUUAAUAUGGAAAUUUGAUGUUAGUUCGGCCCGCGAGUUUUGAAUGAAUGGCGCUUGAUAGCGUUAUACUUGCCAAUCCUCAUUAUUUCCGUGAGACUAACGAAAAUCCGGCCGUGAUGGCACUGCUUUUGGCGCCCUCUACAGCCUGCCCAAACAGUGUACAUGCUUGACCACAUGUAGAAUGCAGUUUCAGCUUGCUCACGUAAGUGACAGC